GUUCCUUUGUUGCCUUCUUCGGUUUCGGAUAGCAAGAGUCGCUUGCUGCCCUACGUGUUCAAAGGAGGGGCAAACUCGCAGGCUUUGAAUCAGGCGAUGGAGCGUUUGGCAUGUCCGGUGGAGGGAGCUGUUUUCAUCGAGAAGCUUGUGAAAGCGAAUUCCAAAGCCGCAGCAGCUGCAGCAAGUGCCUCAGGCAAAAAGCGCCCGCGAGCUCCAGAACUGGAGGAAACAACAGCACCCAAGAAGGCAGCCAAGGCUAAAGCAAAAGCCAAGGGCAAAGCAAAGGCUGCGGGCAAAGCCAAAGCUGGCAAGCAGGGUGCAUUGCAGGACGGUGAAACCUUGGAAACGUUGCAAAGCGACGUGCUGAUGGAGAUGCACGAGGGAUUCCGACCACGGUUGUGGUUCGAUGACUUGCUGUCAGCCGUGACUGCUUGCAAGGUUGCAAUCCCCAAGCCGGGUGACUUCCAUUCGACGGAAGCCAGAUUGUACAGCACCAUGCUGGGCUAUGGAUUGGAGCUCGCUUGCACCGGAAGCAUUGCGUUGAACAAGAAGGCGCUCAACUGCUGGAGUAAGGCUCGGCCGGCACUGCAAGCGCUGAUGGCGAAGUGCAAGAAGACAUCGAGCGGAUCAUUGUCAGCACCAUCAGCAGGAUCGAGUGUAGCAACAGUUGAGGACAUUGUUGACAAACUCGCACAGGAGGUUGACAUGGCCGAGGAGGCAGCUACCCAACGGUUUCUCAGUGCCCUGAGCACUGGUUCCACGCCAGUUGCAGUUGCCAAGACGGUUCUGACCGACAAAGACACGCUGCACACGGCUGAGAAGUUCCUCAACGAGAACAUUGCCCGGAAUCCGAACAAGCAUCCUGUGUACGGACAGCUGNNGCUCAUCUUUUCGAAACACGAUGUGCACAUGCCAAGCUCCGACGGAUGGGUGGGAUGUGCACGACAGCGACUGCGACUUUCACGAUUCCACGUUCACCAUUGCGGACAUCGUUGCCGGACUCGCCAUGUUGAUCGAACAGGUUGA